AUGAGUACAAAUACCACUGAGAAUAAAGAAAAGGUCGAAUUAGAUUCCACAACGAUCCAAAAGGCGUUAAUCAUCUUUUAUUCACGUAACGGGCACUCCGAGAAAAUAGCCAACGACCUCCACGCCGCCAUCCCAUCGGACGUUGUGCAGAUACAAGAAAAUGAUGGAAUGAACAGAGGUAGUUAUACAAAUUACUUCACAAGCUUCUCCGAGUCUUAUUUGGGAUAUGACUACUCGUCUUACCUCAAGACAGAGAACUUGGCUGAUGUUGCCAAAUACUCUGCACUCAUAUUUGUUGGGCCCGUGUGGUGUUGGGACCUUUGUGCUCCAUUGAAAAACGCUUGUAAAGAGGUUCUGAAAACCGUAAAACAAACACAAGACAUUUUUGUCGCUUUAAGUCUUGGAGGCGCCGGAGAUAAAGGGAGCUUUGAAGUGAUUAAAAAGAUGUUUAGUGGAAAGGCAAUUGUACACGACGAUUAUUUAAGUUGUGUCGAAAGCGCGUAUGCGUCGGGCCAACUCAAAGAUAAAUUUGACUCAUUUGUUCAAAAGGUGUUAAAAGCAGUUGAAAAGUGGUGA